UUUUCUGCAUAAUUAACAUUAUAAUUAUUUAGUGUGAUGAUAAUUUUUUUCUUUUGUCAUUUGGCAAGGCUUUGAAAAAAAAAUAGAAAAUUAUAUUUUGCAAUCCAUUACAUAUACACACUGAAAGGGCAACAUCACUGCAUUAGAAGAUGUAAGAUUAUAUGACAACACUGCUUCUUGUUGGGAGUAACAAGGUUCUUUUAAUCAAAGUGUUUAUGCAUCAAAUCAUCCACUUAGAUAAAACAUGAAAACUUUGAGAAGAAUGAGGAAGUAACUAUAGUUCUGGGCAAUGAAACUUGUGAUGUUGAUUCUGCAGUGUGCUCACUAGUGUAUGCGUAUAUAAGACAGAGCCUUAGCGCUGUGUUGCAAGAAACCAAACACUAUAUACCUGUGCUUAAUAUAAAUGAAGAAGAUAAAGUACUCAAAGCUGAAGUAUUCUAUUUUCUUGAAAAAUAUGGUGUACCAGUUGACUGCUUACAAUUUAGUGCCUAGGUGGACAGUCCUUAGCAGUGAACUAUGAUGAAAGUAAAUAGGGAUACAAUAGACCUCAAACAUAUCAAGUCAUCUACACAUCUGGAAGUCAUAUUAGUUGACCAGCAUACUUUAUCAGAGAGGGAUCUAUGGCUGAAGUCACAUGUGGCAGAAGUUAUUGACCAUAGACCUUUAGACCCAGACUGGGAUUGGAAGAAUACUUCGAAAACAGUUGAAUCUGUUGCAUCCUGUGCAACUUUGAUAGCAGAGAAAGUUAUAAAUCAAGAUGCACUUCCAGUUCCUCGCAGUAUGCUCAUACUGUUAUAUGGUGCAAUACUUUUAGACACGUGGUGUUUUGCAGAAAAUCCCAAAUUAUAUACUGAGAAGGAUAAAAUAAUUGUGGAGGAGCUAUACAGAAAAAUCAACUACCCAACUUUUGUGGGUCUUUUGAAGGAUGAAGAGUUAAUUGAUGGUGACCAUUUAUUUGAAGACCUUUUGUCUAUUCGUUGCAAUUUAACACACUUGACAGUACCGCAGAUACUGAAGAAAGACUUAAAAAUUUCAUGUGGAAUACCAAUUCCUGUGCUUCCUGUUCUAGUUCAGGAAUUUUUGAAAUUACAUGCUAUUGAGGAACUGCAGAAGUUCAAAAACGAUUUUGAAUAUAAAGGCAUUAUCUUAAUAGGAGUAACAUUUUCAAAUGGCAUAUAUGCGCAAGACAUAGCAGUAUUCUCAACAGACAAAAAUUUCUUGGACUUGAUGACAGAUACAUUGGUUGCCUCAAGAGACCCUGACCUUCAGCUGAACGAAGUGACAGUCUACGCUAACAUGGAGUAUAUAAAAGUCUUCACACAACAGAAUUUUAAGGCAACUAGGAAACAAAUUCUGCCCAUUGUGAGGGAAUGUAUGAAACAUUUCCUAAGUCCUCCAACAGAAGGUUGAGUCUCGUGCCUUCAUUAUAGGCAGGGAUGUGUGUUUUCAUUUUGUUUUUCCAUUUAAGAACAGAUAUGUUGAUUUUCUUUUAGUAUUGCUACUAAUGCAUGCCAAAUUAGUAAUAUUGUAGAGAGACAUUGAAAGUAAGAAUUGUACUGUAAUUUGUAUCCCUAUGUACCUUAAGUGUUUUUCUUUUUCAGUGUUGGCAUGUUAGUUGUAUUGUGUUAAUGUAGUGUUACCUUGACUCUCAUCUCUCUAUGAACAAGCCUUUUUAAAAAUUUUCAUUGACUAUAGCAUCAGUGCCUUAGUGAUCCCUUAGUUUGCUAUUAUUACACAACAUAUAUAACACAGGUACAGUAAAUAUUAACUAUGACUGCAUAAUAUUGCAGUGCUAAUAUGAAUUAUGUGAUAACCAAAUGCAUUAGUUUUAAGAACUCCUGUCUGGACAUUCUUCAAUGGUUUAGAAAUAAUUGGCCGAUAGAAUGUUUUUAACUUGCUCUUGAAGUUCACUGUAAUACACAGAAUAUAUUUAAAGUGCUGUGUUAGAUUGUUAAAUACAUAUGUCCCAAUUUAUGUGAUAUUAUGUACUAAUAUUGCAACUUUGAAGACUUUGUAGAAAGUGAUUUUGGCUGUAAGAUUGUGAAAAUACUUUGUACUAUGCUUUUACAAGA